AUGCGGCGUUAUAAUUCCGAAAAUGAUGUAGCAUGCUUGGAGGGCUCAAUAACCAAUGAUUCAGUUAUUAUGUACGGUAAUAGUUUAAGGAGCCUUCCAGACGUAUCUAUACACAAUAGCUCAAGGAUGAUUGAAUUAGAAAUGCAAAUUGAACAACUAAAACAAACUCUUCAAGCUGCUAAUACAGAAGUAGAUAAUUUGAUAUUGCAGAACAAUGACUUGCAAAGGGAACUAGAAAACUGCCAGAUGGUGAUUAAAUCACUAAGAGCUAUACAAACUUUAGGACCUGAAAAAAUACGCGGUAUGUCACCCAAGCCAGCUAGCAGUUUAAACAAAACACAACUUUUCAAUAAAAUUCAAAAAAACGCAGUAACUCAAACCGAUGAUAAUCCGAGCUCACAAAAUAUUAAAAUAAAAAGGAAUAAAAAGAAUUAA